GUGUUAUAUGUGCAAGUGUGAGCACUAGGUUGUGGCUUCAGUGAGGUCCUUGGAACUGAGUGGGUCCUGUGGGGCUUCUUAACAAGGGCUGGGCAGUGAGCCCAUCAAUGAGGGUCUGGAGCCAAAGCUCUGAAGAAGUGCUUGGCUCUUUGCUGAAGAUGGGGAAGGUGGAGUAGGGAAGUAGUUGUGGGUUACCCAAGAAAUGUUUGGGAGCCUGCGGUCUUUCUCCAAAAAGCAUUUCAGGAGGUCUAGAGCUAAGUGCUUCAGAGUUGAAAUUGAGGAAUAUCUGAGGCUGGAAGGGACCCCUGAAUGCCAGCUGAAAACUGGAGCAGGUUGCUUAUAGCUAUGUGUGAUUAAAUUUUUUAUGAACAAACAAGUGUGUCCUGCAAACUCACUAAGGAGGUAGAGAGCAUAGAGGCAUAGGAUGCACAAAGAGAGGUGAGAACUGGGUCAUUUUGCCUGGAGAAAAGGUCAAGAUUAAUAGCACUUUUUCACAACUUAGUGGCUGUGGACAGUAUAGCCACUAAGUUGUGAAAAAGUGCUAUUAGAUUUGUGCAGGCUCAGGUGUGCAGUGAAGGAUAAGAGGGAAAUUCUAACCAGACAGAAAAAAAAAUCUCACAAGCAGGAUAGGUAAGGGCUGAAAAAUGGACUUGUAGAUAAUGUAAAAACAUCUUUGGGGACACAGAAUUCAACAGCUGGAUAUGUGGGAACAGUUGCAGUACAGAGAUGGGACAUUAGGGUGCAUGGGUUACAGAGACAGGGAAUGUGGGCAUGGAGGACACGGGCGUGGGAGAGGGGAAUGUGGGGUGUGAGAGGAGGGGACAAUAUGAGGAGAUUGGGGCACCAGAGGAUAGCAAAGGAAGGGACAGUGAUCCUGGGACACAGUCACAGCCAUGGCAGGCUGUGUUGCUGUCGUAUGUGCUCUGUGUGGGCUGGAGGGGUCCUGGGUAUUUGCAGGGUGGUCCUAGGGGCACUUGAGACAGGGCCAAGGGUCUGGUGUCCUCAUGUGGUCCUGGAGCUGAGACCACCAGCUCUUAGGGUGUCAGUGGGGUUGGGCUGCAGCUCAGCAGCACAGCAGGUGGUGGUAGACCUAUCACCCCCUAAUGGGGGAGGGGAGCAGGCAGUUGUCUGUCUCCUACCCGAGGGCUUGGGAGGGGGCUCUGCUUCAUCCUGGGCUCAGGAGAAGAACAAGGUUUAGAGAGGGGCCUGAGGGGCCAGAGAUCCUCAGCUUGACCUGCCCAGGGUAACACGGGGUUUACAGAAGAUCCUGUCAGCUUCAGCUGGCCCUGCUGCCUGUCCUCAGAGAAUUCAGUGACCCACUGUCCCAGCCAGGGGACUCUGGGUCCUUGGACCUCCCUCUGGCUGAGCCUCUCCCAGCUCCUGUCUGAGGCCACGUGUUCUGUCAGGUCUAUAAUUACCCGGGCACAUUCCUAGGGGGUCACAGGAGUUCUGCAGAGCAGCAGCAGGCGGUAAGGGGGACAAGUGCACAGCACAGUGUAACAGGCCGCAGAGUAAUGCAGGGGCAUGGCAUGCAGCAAACUCUUCACUGGGCUGCAAAGUGCAUGGCCUGAGGGAGGACAAGUGACACUGCGCUAACAGUGAGCAACACGGUGGGGGCAAGGGGUGGCAACAAUGUCAUGAGGGUCAGCACAUCUUGACUGCGCGGUGCAGGGGAGCAUGACAUGCAAUAUUGCAGACAUCUAGCAGGAUAAUGCAUCACAAUGUGUGACACGCAGCAUGACGCACAACAAGCAGUGCAGAGCAGGCACUGCCACGCACUGAGCAGGUGUGGCAGGGGCUUCGCUGGGGGCCAGCUGCUUGGUUGCUGUUGGACCAUCAGUAGUUUCAGCUAUGGGGCAAUGGCUGAGGAAGGGUGUGGUUGUGUGUGCUAUAGGACUGAAGGUGUGAGUGGUGACAGUGGCCUGAGCUGCAGGGCUGUGGGGCAGCAGCAUUGGCUGUGGGUCAGUAGCUUCAUGCUAAGAGUUCAGAGAUGAGGCAGGUGAGGAGAUCAGGCUCAGCUAUGGGGCAGUGAGAUGGGCUGUUGUUCUCACCUAUGGAGCUGCAGUUUUGCCAAGAAGCAUGAAAUUUGGUAAUGGAGCAGUAGCAGAGCCUGGUGUUCCUGGCUGUGAGGUAGAGGUUUUGGUGGUGGAUCCAGUGGCUUUGCUAUGUGGCAGUGCCAGCAGCAAGACCUCAUGUCCCCAGUACUCCUGCCGUGGGCCAGUCUCCAGCUAUGGAGACAGCACCCUGACACCCUGCUCCAUGUGUUUCCACAGGCAAGAUGUGGGUUGCAGAGGGGCCAGCCCCAGACCAAUGGAGCCUGCGGGAUGGGGUUCACGCUGGACACUUCUUGGCUGUGGCUGACCAACUCCGUACUACAGGACAGCUGGUGGAUGUGACCGUGGGCCCUGAGCGUGACAUGGCCCAUGCUGUGGUCCUGGCCUCCAUCAGCUCCUUCUUCUAUCACUUCCUGGAGGGCAGGACCAGACAGUUCCGCCAAGAUCCUCCACCCCAUGUUCCCCUGCCGCCUGGGGCAACACUGUGGGGCUGGCGGGCUGUGCUGGCCUUUGCCUAUAGGGGGAUUGUGCCCCGUGGCCGGGCAAAAGAGGUGGAGGAGGCUGCCCAGGCCCUGGGUGCCCCCCGGCUGGUAACUGCCUGCACCCUGCAUCUGGAGACUGACCACCAGGGAGAAGGUCCUAAGCCCCUGGAGGAGCAGUGGGAGACACUAAGAGCCAUGGAGCAGCUCCACAGUAAUGGUGUGGGCUGUGACCUCCAGCUCCAGGCAGGGAACGAGGUCAUCCCAGUUCAGCGACUGGCCCUGAGCUGCUCCUGUGACUUCUUCCGGGCCCUUUUCACCUGCCCCAUGCGGGAGGCCACCCACGACCCUGCCGACCCACUGGUCACGGGGCUGUCCCCAGCAGAACUGCGUCUCCUACUCUCCUUUGCCUAUACAGGAGCUGUAGCAGGGCCAUGGCCCAUGGUCUUGGAGGCAGCUGAGACCUCCCUGCGCUACCAGGCCUGGGGGCUCCUCACUCUCUGCCUGGAUGUUUUCACCAAUGGCCUGACCCCAGAAACUGUCCCUGAUGUGCUGACCUUUGCUGUGACCUAUGGGUUGGAUGAGGUGGUCCAUGUAGCAGAGAACUACAUCUUGGCCACCUUCCCCUGUGUGGUGGUUACACCGGCCUUCCUGGAUCUUCCUGCACACCUUCUCAUCCGCCUCCUCCGCUCUGAUGGUCUCAAUGUCCUCCACGAACUGGAAGCCCUGGAAGCAGCAUCUCGGUGGCUUGUGGCCAAUGGAGAUGGCCAGGAGGAUCUAGCCAAAGAGAUCCUGUCAUCUGUUCGCUUUGCCCUCAUGUCCAGCCUGGAGCUGAAGAAGGUCCCAUCUGUGACUGCAGGGGCAGCUGACCCAAAGGUCCUCCGUGAACUCAUGGUAGCAAGUUUCACCCCCAUGGUCCAGCUGCCGUGCCGGGUACGUUCCUUGCAAGAGGUAUUGGUGGUUUGUGGUGGAGACAAAGUAAAAGGCAACCUGGCUGCCCGGAAGCCCAGCAGACACCUCUGGUUUGCAGACCGCUACCUCAGUGCUGUGGGGCUGGUGAAGCAGGUUGAGUGGAGGGCACUGGGACAUUUUCCUGAUGGCCCACGCUUCCGUCAUGCUGUAACUGUGGUGGCCAACAACCUCUACGUCCUGGGUGGAAAACACUACUAUGGCAUCCAUGACACCCUAGCCAGUGUCUACAGAUACCAGCCUGUGGAUGAUUCCUGGGAGCGUCUGGCCAGUAUGACAUGUGGACGGAGCUACUUUGCUGCUGUGGCACUUGGUAAUUUCAUCUAUGCCCUGGGGGGCAGCUCAGGGGAGCUCUACUGCACAGACACUGUGGAGUGCUACGAUCUGACCAAUGACACUUGGAGGAGAUGCCAACCCCUGCCAAUGGCUCUGUGUGGGCAUGCGGCGUGUGCCCUGGAUGGUGAGCUCUAUGUGUCGGGUGGGUGUGAUGAAGCAUACCAGUGUCAGGCAUCUUUGCUCCGCUAUGUCCCAGGUGCAUCUGUCACACUCCUGGCCCCCAUGAAUGGCCAGCGAGCUGGCCACAUCAUGGAGGAAGCGGGUGGGCAGCUCUAUGUGGCAGGGGGCCUGUGUCAGCGGGCUGGGCAGACUGGCUACAGGGACCAGCUGACCUUUGAGGUCUACAGCCCCAAGCAGAACAUCUGGGUCCUCCUCAGCCCCCUCCCCCGUGCACAUGUAGUUGGGGGUGCAGCUGUGCUGGGAGGGGAACUGCUUGUAUUGGGAGGGUACAGUCAUGAGACCUACCAGGACACACACUUGAUCCAUGCCUACCAGCCGGGUACUCGGCGCUGGAUCACCCGGGGCACCUUGCCCCAUGCCUAUACUGACCUACAAGCCUGUGUUCUCACUGUACCCCCAGCCUUGCGUGCCCCCAGUUGCCUUAAGGACCCCUUGAGAUCAACUGAAAUUCCCAAUAAUGCUUAGAGUAUACUCUCUGCAACCCAUACUGGGAUACCCAGGCAGCAUCCAUGGGUACCUCUAUGGGACAAAAGUGUCCAGAUUCCUCUCCCAGAGUGGGUUCCUUCUGUGGUUUCUAGCAACCCUUCACCCUGAGGGUACAUGACCUAGACUGUUGUAAACCUGUGGAACAUAAAGAUUCCCAACACUGUAGCCCUGUCCCUCCAGAAAUACUCAAUCCCCUUGUCUGAGCCCUUCACUGGGAGCUGAGAAUCCUGCAAUUUCCCCCACAUUUCAGUUAAAUAAAAGUGCU